AGCCAUGCUCGAGAAAUCUGGGUCAGUGAAUCGAAGCCCAUGUGUCGCAUCGUGUGCUGAGCAAAUCUUAAAUCCGAAACUUAUAAUUGAGAGACGCGUCUGCGCUACGGAGCCUGCGGUUUGAAGGAAUGGAUGUCCAAGACCUGACCAUACGAAAUUGGAGUUUGAAUUUUAACGAUGUCAUAAAAUCUAACCAUCCUGUUUUCCAGGCCGAGGGAAAGUCCGAUCCACAACCCAGUUUGUGGGCCGACCCAAAAAGAGUGACAAGUUGCAUUUCUCGGUCUUUCGCCAGGGAUGCUAGGACGAGACUAGAUUUUUUAAAGUUUGGAUCUAAUUCUCAAGUCUCCUCUGGUGCCAAGGAUGGGAUGAUGCUUAAUGAUGAAAAAGAAAAAGACCCAGGAACGGAUACUGUUUUGGACUUAGUGGAGCUUCUUGAACUUAAGGACGAUAAAGAAGACGACGAAAGCUGGCUGUACAAGUCUCCAAAAAGACAAAUGUCAGCGGACAAUGAGUCUCCUCUGAAAUGGUGUCGACACGUCCUGGAUAAUCCCAGUCCUGAGACGGAGGCAGCAUCGCGUUUCCUUUUGGAUAAACUAAAUCAGAAAACGAGCAGGUCCUACAGAAGCAUGUUUUACAGACAACCUCCAGUGCAAGAUCGGACUGACAGUGCAUUUGUGGAACUUCAAAAUGACACCUCGAACAGUUCCGAUAAUUGUGAUCUGGGUGUGCCCGUUGAGUCUGUAACGACCAGCUACAAAUUGCAGGACAUCACAGAUGUUCACCUUAUGGCCCGCAUACAAGAAGACAGCUUGCGACAUGACUACAUCUCCAUGCCCGCCUCCGUUUCGGACAGAAGAAGUCCUGAGCCACAAGUUAGACUUCGUCAGCAAGUCACUCAGUUCAAGUUGCUAAAAAGAGCUCAGAAUCGAGCUCGGACAGAAUCACCCUUGCGGACCAGCCUUCGCUCCCUGCAAGCUCUGAGAAACAGUCGCAGUUUGGACACUGAUGACUGCCUGCCUGCCCAUCAAACAUCAAACACAGAUUUUCCAUCAGCAUCCACAAACUCCAGCGACUGGUCACACCUGGUGAGAAGCUCAUCAGUCCAGAAGAUGGCCACGAGGGAAGUGCAGAGGUCUCAGUCUCUCAGCCCCCGGAGGGUCCCUCACUGUGCUCAGAGAUAUCUGUCCAUUAAUGCGUGUGUUUACGCCUCACCUGAGAGAUCAACCGCUGCAGCUUGGGGCGGCAAUUUGCUAUCCAGGCCAAGGUGA